GUAUUUGAAUCUUCCAUAGCGACACGCUCGUAAACGCAUAGUAGAUUAAUAAUCGUAUACUGCCGUUUGGGGAGCAUGGGUAAUGUUUAGUCAUGCGAGGACCGCUGAAGAUUAACUAUUUGGAUACAGGAUAGAUAUUAUUAAGCUGUCAUUGGCGAGAGGAGGAAUUAGUCAUUUUCCACGCUUUCUGUCAAUUUCAGCGAGAUCGAGCUCACUUGUUGCGCAACUUCAGACGCAGACGGUAGCAGUAAUAAACAGUGUUUUUGGAAUCGAGCUCGUCGACGUACAUGUAGUUGCGACAUAUGGAAAGUAAACGAGACUUUCAACGGUAAUUUACGGUGAAGAAGAUUGAACUGCAUAAAUUGAUUCAUUAACUUUGCUUGGUUACUUUGCUGAUCUUCCAAGGAAAUAAGUUCAACAUGCAUCAGUAUACUGAAGUGGAGAAGCUUCGCGCUGGCUAUUUCGGCAUUGAAUAUAAAUACAGAGAGAGGGGUAUCAACGGAAAGGAUCGACUUGGCAAACUUGUACCGGUGAGCAAGCGAGGAAAAGCCAAGUGGGUCUUGGAGCAGUACUAUCGGAAGAUGGUUUUAAGACUCCCAAAACACGACAACUUAGUCAAGAUCAAAGCAGCUUUUUUGAACAAAGUCACCGAAGACGGCGAAGACGAGGAUGAUAUGUUUUUAUGCACAGUUUGGAAGUUAUACGGUGAGAAGAGUCUAAACCUGAAUGCUUAUCUUCUCUCUCGUCAUGACAGACUUAAUGAUGAUGCCUAUAAAUCACUGAUGAUGCAGUUAGCCCAAGCAAUGGAACAUCUUCAUUCUAAUGGUACCGCCCAUAAUGCGUUAACACCUCACAGCGUAAUGAUUGUCGAAGGAGUCAAAGGACAAGCCGUGGUCAAAGUAGGAGAUUAUGGACUGACCCAAGUAUGUGGUGCAGCUUGCAGUCAGGACUAUAAACCAGAUGGACAACUGCCUAGGAGUUUGGACUUUUACCUGCCUCCAGAAGCCGCCAAAGAGGGUUGGGGACAUCCAGGUCAAGCCAACACCACGGCGGAUAUUUUCAUGCUUGGACUCCUGUUCAGUGCGAUGACCGAGCAUACAGUACUGGAAGGAGCUGAUCAAAAUGAAGAGACUAUUAUUGCUACUUUUGUCAAGUUCCCAGGGUACGGUGCUGUGCCGAUUGGAAAGUUCCUGAAUACCAACCCUAGCAUCAAUCUUGAUCAUCAUCUUCAUAGCAAACUCAGUCCGGAGCUCCGCAGUCUGGUCCGACGAAUGACUCUCAUUGACGUCGACUCUCGACCUCCGGCCAACGGCGUCAUCCAUAUGCUGACUGCUUGCGAAGCCAUUCGAGGAAACGAGAAGACAGGGGCGAAUAUCGAGUCGCAAACAACGACCAGGUCGUCGUCGACGUUGCCACGGAAUACGACGGUGACGAGAAAGACGAGUAUGAGAAAGAGAGCAGCCACCAACCCAGCCAUGUUCAACCCUUGUGUAUCACCACCACAAAUGCCUAGGAUGAGCUCUGCAUCCGUCAUCAAGCCACCAGCACCAACCAAAACCAAUUUCAUCAGGAAAGCAUCAAUGAGGGCCAACAACUACUUGAGAAGAAGUCGAUCAGUCAAGAUUUCAAAUUGAUAGGAUCAUUACGGCUUGGAGCUGCAGGUACAUAGAUAAAUGACUUGCUUUGUGUGCGUGGGAUUCUCUAAGAUGUCUGGUAAACUCUGAAAUCUGCCGAUAAUUUCCGAUGAAAUUUUGAGUUUUUGGCAAUCUAAGGACAAGCUCUGACUCAUCAUGAGAGAGACAAGGAUCUUUGGCUCACAAUCAAGUCGAUGUGUUUAAAGAAAUAAAUUCGCGAGUUUUGAGAUUAGAAUUUCUACCAAACAAGUUAUGGGUAGUGCAUAGUGUGUAGUCAGCAGGCCCCGAGCAUGCUGAAGUAGAAGGCAUGCAUAGGUCAGAACAGUUACAUCUCUGUUUAUAAUUACCAUCUUAAUGUUUUCUCGACUUUUAGAAGUUUAAAUACGUCGAUGCAUAGCCUUGUUCGAAUACCUCUAACAUUAUGCUCAUCCCUGACAAAUCAAAGGGACAUCCAACCCAAAUAAAAAGCUUUUGUUUUGAGGAAAAGGAAAAAUCAGACAGGUACAUGUAUAUAGGUGGAAGUUUGAACAAUAUCGGACAAACAAUAAGAAAGUUAUGAAUUUUUAAUUAAAAGUUUAUUAAAAGAAAAUUGUAAUUACUAUCAAAUUGGCCGCAUGUGGUGAUGUCAUAGUGAUGUGAGCACUGAUCUCCCCAAUGGAUGUACAGUAAGGCAAGGACUAAUCUACCAUUUACUCCAAUACAUAAAAUGGCUAAAAUGUCCCUUUUUGUUCAGUGUUGCCUCAGCCAAUAUCUUUUUUCUUUCACGAGGACAUAAAACAAUAUAUGCUACUUUGUUUUACUUUAAUUACUGCUCAUGGGAAUAAUUGUAGGUACUGCGUACAUGUAGAAAUCCAUAAUUCUGUUAUGGCUUAUGGGAAAGUUGUUCCUUUCUACCACUUGUAAGGAAUUUUUCUAUCAUCAAUUUAAAUUGACAUAGUCUUACGGAUCUCAACUUUAAAACAGCCAUAACUUACUUAUUGCUUGUCUGAUUUCUGUUAAACUUUCACCAUUCUAUUUUACUGAAUUUUCUCUCUCACACAACAUUUUUCUGACCGGUUUGGGUUCCUCUUUGACUGUAAUGAAGACUUGCUUUGCUAGAGUGAAUAUAAUUGUAUAUCUUAUAAGGAUAUAGUGUGUUUUACUUGAAUAUAUAUCGAUUUGAACAUAUUCAAAGAUUGUUGAAUGUUUUCAUACGUCAUCAUUUUAGGUACCAUGUAUCACAUCAUGCAUUUGCAUAACAUUCCCCAAAAAGAACUGUUUUCACAUGUUUUCUAAAAUGUCUUUAUGAAUAUACCGUUAUAUUCUUCAUUUAACAUUAAUGUUUGAUAUAAUGUUUAGUCUGAAAUAUUGUAUUUUCUUGUAAAAACGUUAAGUUAUUAUGUUUUCGAAAUCUUAUGAUAACAUUUCUAAAAACGCCUCCAAACUAUAGCUUUUAAAACAUGUCGAUUGUCAUUUUUAAAUGUUUUUUACCAUACGUAAUUACGUAUUAACCAUACGUGUUGAUGUUUAACAGUCUUUAUAGCAUUCAGCUAUACUGUACACAUACGGUACACCACACACAUGUAUUUUAAAGAGGGCUAAAUUUUCGAAACGGUGUGCUAUUUGCCGGGGCUAUUUGUGAUUUAGAGAGCGAGCAAAACAAUUAUCAUUUUAUUUUUACCAAUUUAAAUCGUGUCAUUAUAUUUGUGGUGAGAAAAGAAUCUACACGUAAAUAUCUUUAUUCCUAGCACCUCAAUUCGCGCCUAUAUAGUCGCAAGUCUACACAUGGGAUAAUUGAAAAGCAGUU